UGUUCUUUAUCACGCUGUGAAUUUAAGCAGAAGGACAUGAAAGAAGGGAAGAAAAGAUCAGUGAUUUAUUGUACGGAUAACAGUUCUUUUUUAAACAGUUUCUGAGAGUAAGCUCUUUAACACUCACACGUAAUCUACAUUACACUUUUUUGUGAGUAAAAAGCUAUCUACUGGAAAACUAAUUUGCUGUCGGGACACAAUGCGCUCUUUCUUUCAAUAUAUUGUCAGUGGUGACUGCAUAUUGUGGUAAGCUUAGGAACAUAUAUCUUUGCUUGUUUACAAAUGUGAAUAUCUUUCCUUUUUUCGGACCGGUUUACCUAUUUGGCUAUACAAAAAUACAAAAUUCCCAGUAUGGAACUCAACACAUGAAAUUUUUAUACUGAUAAGAAGAUGGACCUUCAAAAAUUGUACAGAGUGAUGUCUUCACAAGAGCCACUACAUUGACGAAGAGUCAGGACUACAACCUCGUGCAAGAAUAGAGAAGUGCUACAGUUGCGAACAUGUCAGAAGGAGACGAAGAGAAACCCCCUGAAGAGGGAGGAGAAGAAGAAGGCGAAGAAGUUGCCGAAAGUGAGAGCCAAGAAGGAGAAGGAGAAGAGGGUGAUGAAGGAAGCAAGGGAGGUUCGGUCAGCAGCAGUCAGAAAGCUUCCGUCACCGGUAGCGGCUCAGUACGCAGCAGCAGCUCUUACAGCGAGGGCAGCCGGUCGCUGUCAGUAGACAUAGAGUUGCUGAGUCACGAGCUGAGAGAACUGAAAGACUUUUUAGGCGUCCAGUAUGAAAGAUUAUUCACGAUAGCGAAGCAGCGACGGAUAGAAGACCUGCCCAAAGUUCUCCAACUAGUCGAAGAGAAAGAACAGUUUUUGGAACGGCUUGAGAAUCCUGACCUUAUUGCCCUGUUAAAGCAAACCUUUAAAAGAGCUGAAAGAGGUUCCUUCGCACCACGCCAGUUUCAAACAGGAACCGAUUAUCUGGAAAUACUAAAAAACGAUUCUGCAAAAUUUGAAAGGUAUUUGAGCGAAUUGGGUGAAGGAAUUGCGAGCAUAGAAAAUUUUAUAAACAAACUAGGAGAAGAAGCGCCAGAAGAGCUAAGCAGGUAUAAAGAGAUUCUUGAGGAAAGAGCGGAAAAACUGAACUCGGUGAAUAACUUACUAAUGAAGUACUUAAUCCAGGAGUCUUGCAUGGAUAGUUACAUAGUUGAAUUAGACCUUGCGCGCGCAUAUGCCUUAGUGAAGGAACAGAGUGACCACAUUGCAAAGCUACUGGACUACGUCGAUUUACAACGGAAACAUAUGGAUCCUGAGAGCUCUGCGUAUGGUGAGUGGUCUCGUAUUAGCACAGAAAAGGAACCUCUCGAUAACAAAGUAGAAGAACGACUGAAGACCGUAGGCGAAUUGGAAACUCAGUACGCUAACCAGGAGGAAGACGAAAAGGAUCCAAACUUACCACGUCUUCUCAGAAAGCAUAUGGAAGAACUUCUUCGCAAUCAGUCUCUUUACAUACAAAAACUCAGGAACUGCAUCGAGUCUCAGGCCCCACAUGUGUACGAAGAUGAUGAAAUUCCAGAUACCACUGAGAUCGCUGCAGAAGGUACCUACAUUUCCAAGUACGUAGACGAAUGGCUAAUGUUUAAUGGAAUGGAAUUAAAUAACCCAUCAAAAGAAGAAACUGAACUCGAACUACUAAAUCGCCUAAAAGAAGAGCUAGAAAGAUUUAUCGCUGAUGUGAAUGGUGAACUUGAAGAAAUGGGAGAAGAAGAAACAGAAGAGGCAGAAGGUAGAGAAGGUCUUGUGGAAUGGCUGACAACUGAGGAAAAGAAAAAGGAAUAUUUACAGAAAAUGGUUCAAGAACUGUCUGAAGAACUAAAUACGAUCGACAAAAACAAGCAGGUCGUGGAAAGAAGAGGCAUAUAUGGCGAGAAGAGACCUCCUGGUCCUAAGAAAAGCAAACGGAUGCCCAAAAUGUCUGAACUGGGCAGUGUGGAGUCACUGGACAUGCCUGACACUGUGGCAGAGUUGAAGGACUUCUGCAAAGAUCUAGUGCAGAAGUACAAUUGUCUGUUUAAAGUAUACUUGCUACGAAUGAAUUUGCAUGAAGAAAGGAGACGACAAGAAUAUCUACGAGAGCAAAUAGACAAGAUUAUAGAAUCAAAACAUGCACAAAAAAGAGGCCUUCAGCUCGAGAUGUAUCUAAAAUCAACACAUGCAUACAUAGCUGCACUUCGGCAGAAGCUUAACGACAACAGGAAGAGAGCUGCAAGUAAAUGUGAGAAUCUUAAGCAGAAACUUGAAGCAGCUUUCGACAAAACAGCGCGACUGCAAGAUGAGUUGGUGUCUAUCCAGUCGAAAAUGACAGUAAAGCCUGUUGUUGUUGACCCAUCGGUUACGCAGCGAAAGUGACCUCAUGCGGUUCCACAAAGAAAUAGUAACACUGAACUGUAUUGUCAUUCGGGAAGGAAGAACAUACCCAAGGUUCUAUGCCAAAAGAAGAACCAUAAAAUGACAACAUGAGCUAAAACGAUAGUUAGUUUGCAACUGGGUAUUUCUCUGUUAUUGCUAUAUGUGGUCUUGUUUUCAUGUAUGUAUUGUGGCGUUCAGUUUAAUGCUGAAAUAUAAUGACAGAUCUUCAAUAGUAUUA